CCUUGGCUGGUUUUCAAAAUUUGGACGGCAGCCAGUGCGAGCGAGAACUUCACACCACACGACAACAAGCGAGCUUGGUUGUAUCUUGCAGGGACUGCGACCUUCGUCUUUGCCACCACCGCCACCAACCACUGCAAGCCACUGCAGCUGAUCGUCUCCAUCUUCCUGUGGUUGGUGAAGGGAUAGAUAACCUGGUCCCCAAGAAAGGAGGCAUCCGUGGCGCGCGCACUUUCACGCAUACACACACACACACAGACGAUACACCACGCACACACAGACACACGAACGUUAAAGCUACGGCACAACCACACACGCACAUUUUCAUACACACACACACACAGACAGAAAAAGGAUGAACGUGGAUGUGUUUGAGGACCCGGUCCUGUGCCGGCACUUUCACGGCCACAAGCAAGAUGUCACCAGCGUCGCCUUCAACCCCAACAUGAAACAGUUGGCUUCAGCAGGCCUGGAUAACACCAUCCUUGUCUGGGAUCUCCAGCAUCCCAAGAUUCGGGCGUGCAGGCUCAAUGGGCACCAGGAAGGUGUGCUUUCGGUGGAUUUCUCCAGCACGGGCCACCUGCUUGCCUCCGGCUCAAGAGAUCGCACCGUGCGCUUCUGGGUUCCAAAGCACACAUCGGGCGAGUCGACGUGCAUCAAAGUGCACAGCGGGAGCGUGCGCUCGGUGCAGUUUUCGCACGACUCCACGCAGCUGCUCACGUCCUCUGAUGACAAGCUCGUCAAACUCCACGACGUCCACCGACACAAGUUCAAGGUCUCCUUCAAAGGCCACACCAACUGGGUGCGCAGCGCUCGCCUGUCCUCUGAUGACCGCAUGAUUGUCUCUGGCAGCGAUGAUCGAACGGUGAAGCUGUGGGAUGUUGAUUCCCGGUCGCUGAUCCACACGUUCCACGAGAGCGCAGCGGUGAUCAACCAGGUGGACUUCCACCCAGACGGCACUUGCGUUGCUGCCGCGUGUGGUGAUGGCACCAUCAAGUUGUGGGACACGCGCACAAACAAGCUGCUGCAGCAUUACGCGCCGCAUGACACAAGCGCCACCUCCCUCUCCUUCCAUCCAUCCGGAAACUUCCUCCUCACGGGCUCUGAAGAUUCCACGCUCCGGAUUCUGAACCUGCGUGAGGGCCACCUGUUCUACACGCUGCACGGGCAGAAGGGGGCGGUGACAGACGUGUGUUUCUCUGUUGACGGGCGCCAGUUUGCGUCCGGCGGCCGCGACCACGCUGUUCUGCUCUGGGACACCAAGUUUGAUGAGGCAUUCAAGGCGGGCGCAGGGUCAGCGCCAGCACCAGCACCUGGCGUUGGCGGCGUGUACAACAGCACGUCCAUCCACACCGCGGGCGCAAAUGGCGCAACCCACCGCCACCGCCAGCGACACCAGUAUCAGCAGCAGUACCAGAGCCAACAACAGCAGUACCAAGGACAGCAGCAACAGGAGCCACCGCGCGGGACAGUUGUGCGGCGGUCACGCGAGCAGCAGAUGCGUGCAAGCAAAGGAGGCAAAAGCAAGGGUGGGCAGAAGAAGGGUCAGCAGGCACAACAACAACGACAGCAGCAGGAAGAGGGGCAGAGCCAGAAGCACAAGCAGAAGAAGCAGCGAAGGGAGCACGGGGACGUGCACAACGAGUGGAAGAGAAGACCCGGCCAGCCUGUCCAGUCUGUGAGCGCCACGACGCGCCACGCUCGGCCUGGCAAACCGGUGUCCUUCUCCCCGCAUCGCACGUCAAGAUCAGAUGACAGCGGCCCCUCGCCUGCAGACCUAAAUGCGUUUGGAACCGCAGGUGGGCGUGGCACCGGACACGUUGUCCGCUCCCCUGCGCAGGUGCGCGACAUGAUGGCUGGCGAUGCCGACAUUGUGGACGUGGCGCCCGCCCUGUUUUACGACGAUGGUUCACCAGGCGACAACGAGGGUCACGGGCGCAACGGGGGCCGAGCGGUGCCGCUGGAGCCGCUGAACAUGCCUUACGCAACAGCGUCCACGCUGGAGCACAUUGUGAACCAGUUGGACCUGCUCACCCAGACGGUGCACAUCCUAGAGCGCCGCAUGACCAUGGUGGAGAACAUGGUGGCUACUCCUGCUGCACCGGCACGUACCCAGCCGUCUGCGGCGAUGUCGGCUGGGUUGCCUGCAGGCACGGGCGGGUACGACGUGGAGAUUGCACCCGUGUAUCCAGGCAUGCGCGCAGCUCAGCCACAGCAGCAGCAGCAGCCGGCACGUGGUGAUGUUCCAUCUGGGUUUCUUCAAUCGUAUCCUCAGGCCGGCGGCUCAACACAACAACAACAGCAGCAGCAGCAGCAGCAGCAGCAGCAGCAGCAACAUUGGCAGAGGGAAAAGGAGAAGGAGAAGGUGGGCGUGUACGCGCGUGCCCCCGCGUAUGCCGAGCUUGAUCGGUACCCCUCUGCACUGGAAACCCAGCGGCUGCUGGGCGAACGGCGGGAGAAUGGCGAUGGUGGCGCGGGUCUGUUUGCGCAGGCACCGCCUUUGUCUGCUGCGUCCAGGCGGCAGUUUGACCACCUGUACAUGCACGCACGCAGCAGCGAUGAUGGCGAUGGCGCCGCCACAACAGCAACACGCACCACCCGAGAACAGCAGCAACAGCAGCAGCAGCAGCAGCAGCAGCAGCAGCGGCAACGUGUUGGUGGUGGGAUGGGCAGCCCAAGUGCACCGCCGCUUGGUGGAGGCCGCGACUUUGGGUCAGCCCUGCUGCGUCCUUCAAGCUCGCGAGCAGCAACAGCGCCCACUCACGCAAUGGGCACGGCCACGGUACCUCCAGCAGCAGCAACGACGACGACAACGACAACUACAGCGGCGACCGUAGGUGAUGCAGACACCAAGGGUACAGCGGGCGGCCUGUCGCAGGGGCGCGAGGUUCGCUUUGGCGAGGGCUUGCUGAGUGACAGCUUUGCCUUUGAAUCACACGAUCGCCUGCUGGGGCAGCUGAGUCGCCACUACCGCCACGACGCCACGGGUCACGCACCGCCGUCAUCGUCCUUAUCAGCAACAGGCACAACAGGCACAAGUGGCACUGGUGGUCUUGGCGGGCUGUUGCGGACGGGGCAGGAGCCGUUGUUUGGCGGGCCGUCUGACUAUGGCCGCGCACAGACAUCCUCAUCCCCUGCAAGCAAAGGCAGCCCUUCGCAUGCGCAUGUGCGUGGUGCUGCUGCCCUGAAUCGAGCUGGUCCUGGUCGGGGUGCUGCUGGCGAGGAUGGCGAUGGUGAUGAUGACGACGACGAUGACGACUACGCCAAUGUGGCGGGCUCACGCAACGGCAGCGGCUUUGUCGUUGAUGAUGGCGUUGGGGAUGUCUCUGGCGUUGCCCGCAGGUGAUAUGUGUAUGUCUGUGUGCGUGUGUGUGCAUGGUGCGCGAUGGAGUGCAUGCAUUGUGCAUGCGUUGAGUGUGUACGCGCGCGUGUGUGUGCAUAGAGUGCGUCACAAGUUUUGUUUCUUGUUUUUGUACUUUUGUCAAGUGGUCCAGACAGACCAGACCGCUUGACGUGUUGAGAACGAUGAUGGCUGGGGAUAUACCCCAGUUGCUGUUCCGUAGCGUGGUGCAGUGUUGCUUUCCCUUGUGCUGCGCGCAGUGUGUGCGUUUGAUUUUGAUAGCCGUGCAGGUCUUUUGUGUGUGUGUGUGUGUAUUGCGUGUGUGUGGGUGUGUGUGGAGUCGUUGUAUCAGAAAACGAGAGCUUGUGUAUGAAAGUUUGAGG